CGCUGAUUGGCCAGGACCGCCUUGCCUGCAGCUUGAGUGUCGGCGUCACAAGACCCCCUCUAGUCCGCUCUCUUAUACAACAGAAAGAUAUCUGCUAAUAAAGUUAUUACAUUUAACAUUGCAAAGUUAUCAUUCAAGGAGAAAUCUAAACCAGCCGUGACAAAUUGCCUCAUUCUUCUCUCAUCGCCAAACUCUUGAUUCACGGGUUUUAUUUUCCAGCCCCUCCCCCAUGCAAUGGACCACGCACACCACAGCGGAAUGAACCACAGCAGCAUGGCGAUGGAUCACAGUGGGAUGGACCACAGUGGGAUGGACCACAGCGCCAUGGACCACAGCGCCAUGGACCACAGCAAGAUGGACCACAGCACCGGGAAGAUGGGUCACCAUAUGAUGGCGAUGACCUUCAACUUCGAAUACACCAACGUGGAGCUCCUCUUCUCCGGAUUGGUCAUCAACUCAGCAGGAGCGAUGGCGGGGGCCUGCGUGGUUGUGUUCUUAUUGGCUCUGCUGUACGAGGGGCUGAAGAUCGGUCGCGAGGCGUUGCUCCGGCGCAGUCAGGUCAACGUCCGCUACAACUCCAUGCCGGUCCCUGGAGGGGAGGGGACGGUGCUGGUGGAGACCCACAAGACUGUCGGCCAGCGGAUGCUGAGUGUGCCUCACCUGGUCCAGACGCUGCUGCACGUGCUCCAGGUCAGCGUGUCCUACCUGCUCAUGCUGAUCUUCAUGACCUACAACGGCUUCCUGUGCAUCGCCGUGGCCCUCGGCGCGGGAGCCGGAUACUUCCUGUUCAGCUGGCGCAAAGCGGUGGUCGUCGACAUCACGGAGCACUGUCACUAACCCCUGGCUGUCACUAGCGGCUAACUAGCAGCUUGCGGUCAAUAACCGCUAGCUAGCUGUCACUAGAGGUUUUACUAGCUGCUAGGGCAUUUUUAUUUUGUUAAAUUUUUGGUUGAUUUUCUUUUUAAUCGUCUGAUUUUAAAAUUAUAAAAGUAGUUACCUGUGCAAUACCAUCACAGCAGCUAUAGUGUGUUAUAGCUAGCAAGCUAGUUUAAACUACUGUAGGCCUGUUAUGGCUAGCAAGCUGAAAGUAGUUGAACUUGUUAGCUGGUUUAGCAAGAAUCAACCUCUAUGUAGCUGGUAACUGUUAUAGCAGGCUAGUUAGCCUGAUAUGGUUACAUUAACAGUUGGCCAAUCAAAAGAAGUGGGGACAUUGGUUGUCUGUCUGUUUACACCAAUCAGCUAGCAAAUGUAGCCAGCUAGCAUUAGCAUGGCAGCUGAUGAUUUAUAGCAUUUAGUUUGAAGGGACAAUCAUGAACUAAACAUGUGGAGGCUAGUGGAGUAGUAGGUGCUAUUGAUGAAUGAUUUGAUUAACAUUUUACAUUUAUUUUAAACACUAACAUUUAAAUCCACAUAUAUAUAUUGAUGUUAUAAAUGCUGAAGCUUUGCCAUGCUAGUAAUUGAACAAGCUGGCUGCGAUGUUGGUAAUCGAGCUCUGACAUCUUAUUCAGGCCUUAUUCAGGCCUAUUUCAGAGCAGGUACAUUUACAUUUAAAGCUGUCGACAGGUUUGAGGAAUAACAAUCAACCUACACCUUAAAAUGAUUUGCCAAUUUUAGCGCCAAAUCAUGUCAAAUUUAGCCAGAAAAUGGCAAUCUGUGUUUUGCCAACACACACCAUACCAAACUACUAGCAUUUGAUAUCCCUUAGUCGUAGCAAGUUGUUUUUUUCUUUAUUUUCUUAUAGGAUGCAACACUAAAUCGCCUUAAUAUUAAAUAAUA